CGCUCACGUUUAAUCUGGGUCCUUUUUAUCUUGAGAAAUAAUUAUGUUUCACAAUCUCUGUUAAUUUUUAUUCACGAUAAUAUAAGCAUGCGCUAAUACUCAAUAACUGCAUGUAACGUUGUUUAGUAAGUGUCCAGAAAAACAGAUUUUGUAGUAAAUGUAACUCAGGCAGUUUUCAGACACCCUCAGCGCGCAGGACCUCUUCAGUCCACUAUGGCGGCGCCCGGUGGAGUUCUGAACUGUGAAGACUUUUCAAUGUUUCAGGAGGUGUUAAAAGUGAUGCGCAACAUAGAUGACAGAAUUGUCCAUGCCCUCAAUACCACUGUGCCCACUGCAUCCUUUUCAGGCAAAGUGGACGCCACACAGACCUGCAAAGAACUUUAUGAAUCUCUCAUGGAAGCUCAUCUUUCUAGAGAUAAGGCUAUAAAGUCAUGUAUUACAGAAACCUCUGCUAUCGUUGGGCAGUUACGUGAAAAGAGGGCAAAAGAUAGUGACAACUUGUCAGUUAUCAAGCAACUCAGGAAAGAGCAAACUAAGUUAAAACUCAUGCAGUCUGAGCUAAAUGUUGAAGAAGUGGUCAAUGACCAGAGUCUGAAGGUUUUCAACGAAAGGUGCCGAGUUCACUACAUCCCUCCCAAGCUCAAGUGAAUAUUCCUUCCGUUGUCUACAUAAAACCACAAAGUUGUUCUGAGGAAAACACCUGGAGCUGAGCCUAGACAUUACCACUCACACCACAAAUCCUCCUCCAUCAUUAUGCUCUGUGGCUUUGUGUUUCUACAGUGAAGAAACACUACUGUUGUCCAAGUCCUGUAAACCUUUUUGUAUAAAUAGUGUACAAAAGUAUUUUAUAAACCAUGAAAUGUUUUCCAA